UUUACACACAAGCAGGAAAAGGCCAGCCGGGGUCUGAGAGAUGUAGUAUUAUGAGUGAAGACAUGAGCGAUGCUGACACAGAUCAAGAUGCUGAGGAACGUAAAGGCAUGAUGGAAGUGACAGAUGAACACAAAGAGCCUGGUGAAGUGGAGAUGAAUGAGCGGAAGAACAUCACCAAUGGAGAGCAAUCCUGCAGUUCAUCACAGAACGAUAAUAAUGUUUCACAAGCCGAAACCCAACCGAAAAACUCUUUCAUUUGCUCUGAGUGUGGGAAGAGCUUCACGCGUAGAGGACACCUGAGGAUCCACAGGAUAAUCCACACAGGUGAGCGGCCGUACACCUGCAUUCAGUGCCAGAAGAGCUUCACCUGUAAAGGAAGCCUGAAGGAUCACUGCAAAAUCCACUCUGGAGAGAAGCCGUUCAUGUGUCCGCAGUGUGGAUGGAGCUUCGCACGGCAGGAAGACCUGAAGAGGCACAUCAGAAUCCACACCGGAGAGAAACCGUUCAGCUGCGCUCAGUGCAAGAAGAGCUUCACCAGCUCUGGAGACCUGAGGAGACACGUGCGGAUACACUCCGGCGAGCGGCCGUUCAGCUGCGCUCAGUGCAAGAAGAGCUUCACACAGAAAGAAGGGCUGAAAGAGCACGCCAAAAUACACUCCGGGGAGAAACUGUUUGCGUGCAUGCUGUGCGGGAAGAGCUUCACACAUCAGCGGAGCUUGAAGAGACACAUGAAGGUGCAUUCUGGAGAGAAACUACACCAGUGUCCUGAGUGCGGCAGGAGGUUUGCUGAAGCAGGUAACCUGAAAACACACCUGCUGUCACACACUGGAGAAAGACCCUUCAGCUGUGAGAAGUGUGAGAAGAAGUUUUUCCUGGCCGUGCAUUUAAAGACACACAUGAGGAUUCACGAGGACGAGCGGCGAUACGUGUGCUCAUUCUGUGGGAAGAGUUUCCUGUGGCUCAAUGGCUUUAAGGACCAUCAGAAGACUCACAUUGGGGAGAAACCCUACGUGUGCCUGGAGUGCGGCAGCACUUUCAUCAGACCUGGAGAAUUAAAAGUGCACGAGCGCAUCCACACUGGAGAAAAACCCUACAAGUGUUCACACUGUGAAAAGAGCUUCACUCAGUCGGGGGCCUUGAAAAUUCACGAGCGCGUGCACACUGGAGAGAAGCCGUACCUCUGCCCUUCCUGUGGGAAGACUUUCAGCAGAUAUGGAAAUCUGGGGAAACAUCUGAAAAAGGCCUGUCCAAAGCUGAAACAAUGAGUUGACUUUUAAAGGGGACGUAUCAUUACUCUUUAUACAAGCUGUAAAUGCGCCUGUGCUGUCUCUAGAGCACAGGUCUCAAACUCAGUUCCUGGAGCGCUUCAGCUCUGCACAGUUUUGCUCUAGCUCUAAUCAAACACAGCUGACCCAAAUAAUCUCGGGCUGUGUCUGAAAUCGCUCACUACAGUAGGUACUGCAUUUGAAUUCAAAUGUGCUACUCGGCUGUUAGAAAGGUGCGCUCUAUACAGGAUGAAUGCAAGCAGUAUGGAUGGAACUUGGACAUACUACAUCCACCAUUUUGUCAUCACGUGAUCUACCCACGUCAGUUGCGUCACUUUACUCCCAUUCAUGAAUUCUCUCGUGGUGCAUCAUGGGAUAGCGUAGCAUCCAUCCAAUGCGCACUUCAGAAUCUCGCUGGAAGUAGCAGGUCACUCUCACAUAGUGUUUUUCCAAUUCUAUGACUUUAGACAUACUAGCUGGCUUGCAUACUGUUUUUAG